CUUACUAUACAAGCACAGAAACAACGGAGUACGGUUCCCGUCCUAGCAACAUUUUUCAAGUUGCCAUUUUUCACAAGUAUUUAGGUUAUUAAUUGCGUUUAAUUCCUUCUAGCCGUAUAUUUCUUUUGCUCCGGCGAGGCUGAUCACCCCAUACGACUGGCAACCGACAACAUCAUCCGACACUAUCGACAAGUCUCCCUGCUGGUGAACUUUUACUUCCACCACCCUACAAGUGCAAACCACGACCAUCUUCAAACAACCAACCAGCAUAACCAAUCUGUAUUUCCAUACAGGCCCGGGAAUUGAAAGAGGAGCAUAGCCAGCUUAUUCCUCUCCAACGGGAGAAGUUAACUCCGGCACGAUGGAAGAGCACCCACAAGUUCAGAAUGUGAUGCGUAGGAAGCUGGUUAUUAUAGGCGAUGGUGCAUGUGGAAAGACAAGUCUGUUAAGCGUCUUCACAUUGGGGUACUUUCCCACACAUUAUGUUCCCACGGUGUUUGAGAACUACGUGACAGACUGCAGAGUGGAUGGGAAGUCGGUACAAUUAGCAUUGUGGGAUACUGCAGGACAGGAAGACUACGAGCGGCUUCGACCCCUUGCAUAUUCCAAGGCACAUGUUAUCCUGAUAGGCUUUGCAAUCGACACCCCAGAUUCUCUUGAUAACGUGAAGCACAAGUGGGUUGAAGAGGCAAAUGAGCGAUGCCCUGGUGUCCCGAUUAUACUGGUGGGCCUGAAGAAGGAUCUUCGAGAAGACCCCGUCGCAAUCGAGGAAAUGCGGAAGAAAUCGCAGAACUUUGUCGGGACCAGGCUGGCCACAGAUGUCGCACAUGAAAUCGGGGCGAGGAAGUACCUAGAGUGUUCGUCUCUGACUGGUGAGGGGGUUGACGAUGUGUUUGAGGCAGCUACUCGGGCGGCGCUGCUCACGUUUGAGGGUAAGAAGACGAACGGGUGCUGCGUUAUUCUAUGAGAAGUGCCGUGGACGUCGAUAAUGAACAGGAUGGCACCCAAGCUAGGGUUGGCACAGUGUUGCUGCGCUCGCGACAAGAGGUCCGGGGCAGUGCCGGCGAUAUUGCAGUUUUCAUGAGCAAAAUAUGGGCUUGGAUGUGGGCCUCGUUCACACAAGAACGCCAUUUCUAAUGUCGGCAUGGGAUGGUGUUACUAUACCUUGGCUCAACGCCCUUAAUGACUUACGAGUCGAUUCACUCUUUACUUCCCUUACAUAGCCAGAUUUCGGCGUUGUUCUGGAGCCACACUUGGUAGCGAUGGAUGAGCAAAAAUGUACAUAGGAUGGAAGCGAA